AUGAGCACCAUAGAAGAUAAAAGACACAAAUGCUCGGUUCCUUUUCUCCUCAACUCACAGAUUAUGAGAGGAAGUGUGCAGCCUAGUGCGGCUGUCAUGCGACCUUCGGAGAUGAAGAAUAUUAGCGGAAAUUCUUCAUCAAUUAUCCAGCCACAAAAUUCUGGCCCGCAUCUUAAGAAAUCAAACGACGUAUUUAAAAAGCCUCCAGAUAUUUCUGAUCGUAGCUCAUGGUCUGAGGAGGAAGAAGCGGCGAUGAUUCUGAUGCGGAUGAAACUCGAUGAUUCCUCGAGUUACGCGAAGGAGACGUCGGAAGGUUCAGGACAUUCUCGACCUCAGUGUAAAAGAAGGAAGAGGAAAAAAGCAUUUUCACGGGCAAAACGUCGGGGUAACUCCAAACCUCCUAAAUCAACUUAUGUAGGAAAGCUUCGGAGACGUUAA